AGUCAGUUUCCGCCCGCUCUCUCACUUGAUUGGCUGAGCCUCUGCGCCUUCCUCCUAAAUAUCGCGAGAGAAGAGUUGCUCGGGUGAUCGGCCACUUCCGGUGCGCGGGGUUUUGAAGAUGGCGGACGACGGGGAGCAGCAACAAACUACUAAUACAGUGGAGGAGCCUCUGGAUCUAAUCAGACUUAGCCUCGAUGAACGGAUCUAUGUUAAGAUGAGGAAUGACCGAGAGCUGCGUGGCCGUUUACACGCAUAUGAUCAGCAUUUGAACAUGAUCCUGGGAGAUGUGGAGGAGACCGUGACAACUAUAGAGAUUGAUGAGGAGACGUACGAGGAGAUUUACAAAUCCACAAAGCGAAACAUCCCAAUGCUGUUUGUGAGAGGCGAUGGUGUGGUUCUUGUCGCUCCUCCUUUGAGAGUUGGUUGAUUUCUUCCUUCGUGACUGCUUGUCGUGUUACACCGGGAUUUGGAUUUGCUACGAUUACUGAACCAUUUUUGGUACCCACAGGAACUGCAAGGAUCUGUUGGCAAUUAAGUUUAGCCUUCAGAUGGCUAUAUCUUAUUGCUUUGCUAUAACAUGUUUUUUAAUAUUUCUGUGCAAGAGCACAAAACCUUAUUUUGAGGCUAAUGGCAGACGCCACAGCGUUCCUUUUUUAUCUGAUUAGAUUUUAGUUCAUGCAAGUGGGAUAAUAUAAGUUUAACAUUCUGUGGACAUAGGAUGCAUACUUAAUACAGGUUUUACUGUAUUAUGAAUGAUCUAAUAAAUUGACAUUUACCAUGAAA